CGCCAGGAACAAGGGGCAGGCUUUGCAAAGUAUAAAUAGUGCCACUUCAAUCGCGGCGUCGCUAUCAGACCCCGAGAGCCCUGCACGUCGGGCGGCACAGCUCAGUGCGGCUCGGGGCGCCGCCGGCAAGCCCGCCCCGUGGAUGCCCGCCCCGGGAGCCGGGGCAGCGUGCCCCUAAGCCACGGCCAUGGAGGAGCUGACGGCGUUUGUCUCCAAGUCGUUUGAUCCCAAAGCGAAGGAGAAGAAGGAGCUCAUCACCUACCGUGAGGUGCUGGAGAGUGGGCCCUUGCGCGGCGGCGGACCGCGGGAGAGCGGCGGAGCGGCGGCGGAGCCGGGCAGAGAGGAAGCGGGCAGCCCCGCGGGGCGGGCGGGCGGCGGGCGGUCCCCGCUGCGGGAGCCCGACGCCGCCGCCGAGAGAGCCGCCGAGGCGGCCACCCCCAAGCUCAGCGACGGUCUGGUUCCAGAACCGAAGAGCCAAAUGCCGAAAGCAAGAAAACCAACUGCACAAAGGGGUGCUGAUCGGCGCCGCCACGCAGUUCGAAGCCUGCCGGGUGGCUCCCUACGUGAACGUGGGAGCGCUACGGAUGCCCUUCCAGCAGGUGCAGGCGCAGCUGCAGCUGGACAGCGCCGUGGCCCACGCGCACCACCACCUCCACCCGCACCUGGCCCACGCACCCUACAUGAUGUUCCCCGCGCCCCCCUUCGGGCUGCCGCUGGCCACCCUGGCAGAGUCCGCGUCCGCCGCAUCCGUGGUGGCCGCCGCUGCCGCCGCCAAGACCACCAGCAAGAACUCCAGUAUCGCCGACCUCCGCCUCAAGGCCAAGAAGCACGCCGCCGCCCUGGGGCUGUGACAGCACCACAAAAUACAUGGGGAGGGGGGAGGGGAAAAAACCCCAAACCCUCCCAAAAGCACCCCAAAACCCGACCCACCAAACCGGGAGAAGCAAGGGAGCGCAGAGACAGACGGGCGACGUACACUUAUUUAAGGAAUUCGAGGAGCUGGACGAGCAGCUGGGGAGUUCACAGGUUUCAAACUGACCUUUUUCUGCGAAGUUCACUUUAAUACAAGAAAUUUGAUAAGAGAGGCGGGCCUCCCUUCACGGUGUAUCAGACACUUCAGUCUAACAACCAUGUCUGGAGUAGCAGCAAGAAGAAGAGAGAGAAAUGAUGAAGAGGGAAAAAAAAAUGAAGAAGGAAAAUAAUAAUUAAAGAACAAUGACUUCUCUGCGAAUUUCUAAUGGGAAACUGUCCGGGAUACUUCCUCCAUCAGCAGCAUUCCGGUUGCAUGUAUUUGUAUUUCAUUGAUGGAGUCCUUUGAUUCACUUGCACUUCACCCUCAUCUUUAGUAGAAAAAAAAAAAAAAAAGAAAAAAAAAAGAAAGAAAGAAAAGAAAAACCAAACGGACGUGGCUGGGUUCUGUCCCUUUUCAUCUCAUAGGGAAGCAGACAGAGAGGGAGAUCAAGUACUACCUUUUCUACUCUUAAAUCCUUGCUGGUCCUUUGCUGUCCCACCUCUGAAAUAAAAGGGGACGGGAAGCACUGGGAGAA